AUGGGCAAGAACAAGAAGAAUGGAAAGUUCAGCUGGAGCUCCGCCCUGGUGGGGGCGGCGGCCGCUACCGCCGCCACUUGGAUGAUUUCAUCGAAGCCGCGAGACCCCACUUUCUACUUAAUUUCCCUUGACCUCACUUCCUUCAAGCUCAACUUCCCGGUCCUCGACGCCGAAAUGAUCCUGACCGUCCACGUCACCAAUCCCAAUGUCGUCCCCAUUCACUACUCCUCCACGGAGAUGUCUAUAUACUACGGGGGCUCACUCCUCGGCUCGGCUCCUGUGAAGGCUGGCUCCCAGCCGGCCCGGUCCUGCCAGUUGCUACGACUGCCGGCGCGGUUGAGCGGGCUGCAGCUGGCUCAGCACGCCAAGAAGUUCCUGUCGGACGUGGGGCAGCGGGAGAUGGUUCUGGACUCUGCGGUGAAUAUCGAGGGCGCGGCUAAGGUCCUGUGGUGGGACCACAAGUUCAAGGUGCAUGUGGAUAGUCACGUGACUGUGGAUCCUUUGUUUCUUGAUGUCAUUGAUCAGGAAAAUAGAUCGGAAAUGGAGAUCUUUGUUACAUGA